CACAUGAUUCCUUAAAUUGAACUCGUGCUGCCUUCGCGGGCUUCUCGUUACCCGUAAUUACGAACACCCAAAUGGCGAAACACUACUUUUCAUUGAUUUAAAGACUUAUUGGCUUAUUAAAAACUCCAACUGACACAUUAAUGAAUUGACUUUAGCUUCUGUUGAUGUCAUAGUGUCUAUUGUGUAUCAAAUGUGUGUUUGAUCGAUAAAAUUCAUAUUUUAGGCUUGUUAGGUCGUUCAUGUACGUGAAGUUGCUAGGUUCCCACGGCACUGGAAGACGCGUUUGAAGCUUCCAGCUGGGAAUUGUAGUUUCUAAAACGGAUUAAAAACGUAAAAUGCAGCAUUAAAGAGAUUAUAUGAGUAUUGUAGUGUUUGUUGUUUUGUAGAAUAUAAUAAGAAUCACGGCUACACUUUGUAGUUUGCGUUGGUUGAGUAAUUUGUCUCGCUUUAAACACGACAGAUAUCAUGGACUACAAACGUUAACCGGAAGUAGUUAGAAGUGGUGUUUUCGGUACAGAACCAGAGCGCUUUCACUUCUUUUGUUCUCAACAGAUGAGACAUCCUCUUCGCUCCUUGUGCGUCCUCAGGAGUUUAUUCUCUCACAGAACAGCAGCAAACCCUCAGAGGCGAGGCGUGUGCGGAGCAGCAAUGCGCCUGGUGCAGUUUAAUCGCCAUGGUGACGGAGGAGGCAUCAGAGUGGGAGUGGAGCAAGGCGAGGGGCUCGGCGUGGUGGAUCUGAAGGCGUUUGACCCCUCCAUGCCCUCGACUAUGAGGGAGCUGCUGGAGCUGGGAGACAAAGGUCUGGAGUGUGCACAGAGAGCGCUGUCGUCCGGUCAGUGUGUGGUGGAGCGUUCAGACAUCAGGCUGCUGUCUCCCGUGUUGGCCCCGGAGAAAGUGGUGUGUGUGGGUAUGAACUACCGUGACCACUGCCUGGAGCAGAACGCCCCGAUCCCCAAAGAACCGAUCAUCUUCAGCAAGUUCCCCAGCGCCAUCACAGGACCGUACGAUGACAUCAUUCUGCCCUCAGAGAGCCAGGAGGUGGACUGGGAGGUGGAGCUGGCAUUUGUUAUUGGACGAAGAGGAAAACACAUCAAGGAGGAGGACGCUCUCUCCUACGUGGCAGGGUUCACCGUGGCCAACGACGUCAGCGCGCGUGACUGGCAGAUGAAGCGCAACGGGAAGCAGUGGCUGCUGGGAAAAACGUUUGACAGCUUCUGUCCUCUCGGCCCCGCCUUAGUAACCACAGAUGCUGUGCGAGAUCCUCACAACCUGGGCAUUCGCUGCCUGGUUAAUGGAGACACAGUCCAGAGCAGCAACACUGAUCAGAUGAUCUUCAAGACAGAGGCGCUGGUCGCCUGGGUCUCAAAGUUUGUGACAUUAACUCCAGGAGAUGUAUUCCUGACAGGUACCCCUCCAGGCGUGGGUGUGUUCAGGAAGCCACCCGUCUUUCUCAAGAAAGGAGACCUGGUGGAGUGCCAAAUAGACCAAUUAGGCUCUAUAAUCAACAAAGUGGCCUGAAAUCUGAGACAAACUACUGGAAACAAUCUGAAACAAUCUAUAAAGGAAAGUCAGCUGUUGAAUAAACUGCUGAAUUACUGUUUUCAAAAA